AGAAACGUGUACGGCGAAGUGCGAUCGACUCGUCGAUGCGCAGCUGUCUUGCCGCGUUUAUAAUUUCAUUUAAAGUUUUCUCGAAACGCGUGUGUAAAUAAACAGUUUGUUUUAUUUCUUUACAAAUAUGAAGUGAUGCAAAUGUUUGUUUAAACGUGUUGAUUUACGUAUUGCUCGAGCCUUCACACAGUAACCGCUUCUCGCAAUGACAAGGGAGAGCAUUCAGUUACCUUUUGAGAAACCGGAGGCAUUUAAAAUGUUUCUUAUGGCCUAAUUGAUGCCUUUGUAACGUAUAAGUGUAUUCGUUUGUAAUAAGGACUAAAUAGUGUUCAUUGGUGACAUUUCAAGUUUCCGUUCGUCAGUCGUCUACACGUUCAAAAUGAGUGUUUUAAGUGGUAUAAGCAAAGCUGACUUCAAAACUGCUAGCGAUGGACUGUUGGAGCUGUCGGAAGAGAAGCUACGCAACAUCAUGAGGUCGGAGCCCAUCACAGAUACUUAUCAUGUGGAACAGACUCCGUUUGCAAGGGGCAAAUUUGCGUCAGUCCGAAAGAUCCGCCACCUGGUGUCUGGUGUGGAGUACGCCGCCAAAUUUAUACGCAAAAGACGGCGUGCCGCCGACACCACACGCGAGAUACAGCACGAGGUCGCCGUGCUAGCCCUCUGCUCGGACAGUACACGCGUUGUACGCUUACACGAGGUAUACGAAACACGUACAGAAGUAGCCAUAGUUUUGGAGUUAUGCGCGGGUGGUGAACUUCAACGUCUACUGGAUGAAGAGGAGCGGCUCACAGAAGGCGCUACCAGAAGAGCCCUCCGCCACGUGCUGGAAGGACUGGCACAUCUCCAUGCCCGCCGCGUAGCUCACCUGGACCUGAAGCCGCAGAACCUUUUACUCACCGCCGGCGGCGAGGAGCUGGUCAUCUGCGACUUUGGUAUCAGUCGUGCGAUACAACCCGCCGCGCAUGUCAGGGAGAUACUAGGCACGAGGGAUUAUGUUGCGCCAGAGAUCCUGUCAUACGAGCCGUUGUCUCUAGCAGCAGACAUCUGGUCGGUGGGAGUGUUAGCAUACGUGCUUCUUAGCGGGUAUUCCCCGUUCGCGGGCGACACCAAGCAGGAGACCUACCUCAACAUCGCACAGUGCCAGUUGUCCUUCCCCAAGGACCUCUUCUGGGGCGUGUCUCAACGCGCCAUGCAGUUCAUCAAAGAGACCCUAGUAGUGGAUCCUAUGGGCCGUCUUACAGUGGAAGAGUGCCUGGAGCACCCCUGGUUGAAAGACGAUGCGGACAUCCCACGAGUCAUAGUCGGGGUAGGCUUCGACGCCGACUCCGAAGUAGGCUCUGAAGCAGACGAUGACGGCACAGAUAACGGCGACGAUGAGACAGUUAACGGCGAUGGAAAAGGAGUUAACGGCGUUAAUGGCGUUAAUGGCGUCAACGGAGUCAACGGGCAUAACGGUGUUAGCAAAUGUAAUGGUACGACAAAUGGAACACAUGAAGAUAAAGAGCCAGAUCCCCGUGGAUCGCCUACUCCACGUGAAGAGGAAGAACGAGCUGCAGCGGUCAAACACGCGAGAGACGACUCACCUUCACCGCCCUUUCCUGACGCGCCUUCCACGCCCAAGGUCUACUUACAGGUGUCGCGCAAAUCCCAUCCUUCACCGCCGUCCGUGCUCGCACUCUGCAAGAAAUUCCAGCCGGAUUAUGAGAAACCGGCAAAGUUAUGUCACGCCCGGGGCGAGCUUUGCGGUUGUCCGGCACCCUGCCUGCGUCUGCGCACAGCACAAGACAGAGCUGUACUUUGCUAGCGAGCGCUUUGCUGCCUUUGGCGGCAAUAACGACUCUGACGCACUCGCGAACCUUCAAGCUAACCCCUUAAGCGUUUCGGUAAAGAAUUUGUUAAUAAAGGAGACUGUCCGAUUUUACCAAAUUUAUAUAUAAAAUUGCGUAAUAUAUUUUUUUUUUAAUUAAUCAACUAUGUAAAUAAAAUAUUUUUAACAACUGAUUUGGGCACUCUCCUUUAUUGGGUUUAUAGACAAUUUACUAAAACCCUCCUACAUCCGAAAUUUAGCUUAGGACUACUAACAAUUGUAUUAGCGGAAAGUGAAGUUUGCUGAAGGUUUAGACUAAUACAAACCACUUAGUAAGUAUAUGAGGAUACCUAAUGAGGUCCGAAAUGUUGUCUUUAUUGAACAGAUUUCAUAAAUCUCUUAUACACUUGUGAAUACAUUAAUAAAUGUAGUGAUGUGCCUUUAUAAGUACAAUUUAGACGGAUUUACGCUUUGCCUCUUGAGAAGUGCCAAGAUAUUAAAAUAACCAAAACUGGUGCAGAUCUAUAUUACAUCACAUUAUUUUACACACUUAAGUUUAUUUCACGAAAACACUAAGGUCGAAAUAUUUAUAUGAGAAAAUCAACGUAUGACAUCGUAUUUUCGUGAAAUGAUUCUUCGGCCAUAUAUAACAGCGGCGAUUCAUUUAUAACUUAAUAAUUGUUUAUGGAUCACGUGCAUGUUUAUAUCACAAUAUAGAAUUAUACAUCUUUAAAAUUUGUCCAGUUUUGUAACAAAUUUAAAUGACUCGUCGUUGUAUUGUGAGAUCGCGAGUGUGAAGCGUCGUGUUGUUGACACGUAUUACUUGUUUACAAGCCAUCGGCCGUGUAGAUAUUUUAGAAUAAGUCAAUUUGUGUAUAUUUUAGUAGGGGCCCGAUUACGCGAACUCGAACCGGCGAUACGAAUAUGUUUCUCCAACAUUUGCGAUGGCUUCGCUCAGUCUAUGAAAGUUUUAAACGUGCCGUUUGAGGGCUUUAGACGUUUCGAGUUCGUGAAGUAAUCGCGCUCCUACAUCGACGGUACAAAAUGCAUAAUUAUACGCCAGCAAAGUACGGAGCUUGUAAAAAUGUGUUCUCACUUAAGCGGGCCGAGAGCGCCGACCGCCGAGUUGUACAUAAUCGAAUAUUGCGGUAUUAUUUUAUUUAAUACAGGUGCGACGUCUCGGCGCUAAUACUUACUUAGAUAAUAUUGUUAUACUUAACGAUAGCCGUUAACUGUAGGGUAAGUGUUUGUAGGACGAAUCUAGUUACGUGCUCGUUGACCCAAAAAUGGGACCAAAAUUUUUCGUGUAGUAAUAUUCCAUAUCGGUGAAGUUUGUAAUUAUAAAAUUUUAUCACUGUGAGUGACCGUUCGGGUUGUUAUAGAUAGGGAAUUGUUAAGAUGGAUUAUUAUGAGCUCAAAUCGUAAGGUUUAGUUUGUGAAACGUGUUAGCUUAAUGGAAUUAUAGUGCCUUCGCGCCGUCUAGUUGAUUCCUUUCUUAGUCUUUUCAUUUUUUGCCUUUGUUAAUUUUCUAUUUCGUUUACAAGAUUUCUUAUCGUUUUAAUAUUUUUGUCCGACUUAACAAAUUUUUGCCUUUAGAGCUGUUGUGAUCCAUAAAUCAUUUGUAAAAAUAAAU